AUGGAAGAAUAAGCAACAGUUGAGAAUGUAAUAAUUGAAGAAAAGAUCUCAAAAUCUAAUGGAGACGUGAUAAUUAAAAGAUAUCAAAGAGGAAAGACCUUAGGUAAGGGUGGGUUUGCUAGAUGCUACGAGAUUACUGAAAUAGAUACAAAAAAAAUAUUGGCUGCUAAGAUUAUUUAAAAGAAUACUUUGACAAGGAACAGAGCAAGAUAAAAAUUGAUAUCAGAAAUCAAAAUACACAAAUCGUUACAUUAAACCAACAUAGUUUAAUUUAUCCAUGUAUUUGAAGAUCAUGACAAUGUUUAUAUCAUUUUAGAGUUAUGUACGAAUCAAACACUAAAUGAGUUAAUUAAGAGAAGGAGAAGAAUAACUUAAUUGGAAGUGCAAUGCUAUAUAUUACAAUUGGUCAAUGCUCUUAAAUAUCUUCACCAAAAUAAAAUCAUCCACAGAGAUUUGAAAUUGGGGAACUUGUUUUUGAAUGACAAAAUGGAAUUAAAAUUGGGUGAUUUCGGAUUGGCCACCAAACUAGAUUUUGAUGGAGAAAAGAAGAAAACGAUAUGCGGUACUCCCAAUUACAUAGCCCCAGAAAUUUUGGAUGGCAAAAUAGGUCACUCAUAUGAAGUGGACAUCUGGUCAUUAGGUGUCAUUAUCUACACUCUUCUCAUUGGAAAACCUCCCUUUGAAACUCAAGAUGUCAAAACUACAUACAAGAAAAUCAAGGCAUGUUAAUACACAUUCCCUGACCAUGUAGUCAUUUCAGAUCAUGCUAAAAAUCUAAUCACUAAAAUGCUCGUCCUAGAUCCAAGUAAAAGACCCACUCUAGAUUAAAUCCUACAACAUCCAUUUAUGACUUCCAAUCCAAUUCCAAAAACUGCCCAUAUUUCAACUUUAGUUGGUCCACCUUCUAUGUCAUGGUUGUCACAAUAUUAAUCUACUCAAUCGUCUUCGUCUCAAUAAAAAAGGUUAGCUGAUACAGCACCUUAAUAAUUAAUGAAAGUCAUUAGUCAAGAUAGAGUAUCACUUUUGAAUGAUGCUCAAACUUAAAAUAAUUUUAUGAAAGAUUCUCGAGCAUCCUCUUAAAAAUUAGUUGAUAUGAGAGCCACUCAACAAUCUGCCAAAACAUUACCCACUGGAAUCACUAAUAACAUGAAUAAUAAAACAUUUAAAAUUUAAAGAAAUGAGAUCUUUGUUAAAAAAUGGGUCGAUUAUAGUAGUAAAUAUGGACUCGGUUAUUUAUUGAAUAAUGGUAGCAGUGGUGUGUAUUUCAAUGAUUCAAGUAAAAUAAUUGCAGACCCAAAAUAAACGUAUUUUGAGUAUAUCGAAAAAUAAUCAGAUAAUUAAUAGUAUGAAGUCAAUUCAUAUUCAUUAAAUGAUUAUCCAAAAGAUUUACAAAAGAAAGUGACAUUGCUCGAACAUUUCAGAGGAUAUCUUGAUACAGAUAGCACUGAUAAAGAUGGUAUUGAUCAAUCUGAUGAUAACAAAAUUCCUAUGGUUUAUGUUAAAAAAUGGAUGAAAACUAAACAUGCUGUUAUGUUUAGAUUGUCUAAUAAGGUAGUUUAAGUUGAUUUCACUGACAAAACCAUCAUCAUUCUAAACUCUGAUACAAAAUCUGUCACUUACAUUAACAAAAAAGGAGAAAAACAGAAUUUCCCAUUGAGCACCGCUUUAGAAUCAUAGAAUCAUGAAAUGACAAAGAGACUUAAAUAUACUAAGGAAAUUUUGUAACAUAUGUUAUAAGGAACGCAAGCUUAAGUAAUCAAUACUUAACUUACUUUAACUAAUUGGAAUUAAAAAUGA